AUGAGGCAGGGUCCACAGCAUGGAAGCACAAGGGGAGAAAGGGCGCACCCCCGGAACCCCACCCGCAAGAAGGGUAACCCAGUAACCUGGAACUGCACAAAGGCCACGCACAGCCCGCACAAAACGACUGAAACACAAGAGACACUCAAGGCACAGCUCCAAAGGCGGCCUUACAGAUGUGCAGAGACCCGACCUAAACUCCAGAGGGGCCCAGACUGGACGAGAGGACAGCAGAAGGAAAAGCAUAAAAUGGCUGCCAUGAAACUUCCAUACCAGGAAGGCAAUGACAGUCGACCACACCAAAAAAUAUGCAACACAGCCAAGACCCUGCGCUGCCUGCAAGGUGAACCUGCCCUCUACAGGGGCGCCCUUACUCACCACACGACCUGA